UUCUCUUUAGGUGUGUUGGGACGUAUUAUGGUUGCUUUAGCUGCUUCCGAAUUUGCAAGGACUACGUGCGUUCGAUUUGUGCCCAGAACAAAUGAAACUGAUUACCUGUCAUUAUUCCGAGGAAGUGGAUGCUAUUCUGCUGUUGGCCGCGUAGGAGGCGAGCAAAAACUGUCAUUGGCAACUGCCUGUGACCGUAUGGGAAUCGUUAUGCACGAAUUCAUGCACGCACUAGGUUUCUGGCAUGAACAAAGUCGUAUGGACAGAGAUAAAUUUGUCACCAUUAGAUGGGAAAACAUAAUACACGGUACAGAGAACAACUUUCAGAAGUACAAUUCGUACAUUCAGCAAUUAUUAGAUGAAGAAUAUGAUUAUGGAUCAUUGAUGCAUUACAGUCAGAGAGCCUUCAGUAAGAAUAAUAGGCCGACAGUCGAACCUAAAAAUAUAAUAGCCGGUUUAAUAAUAGGACAAAGAAUUGGCUUUAGUGCUACUGAUAUCAGGAAGAUUAACAAACUGUACAACUGUACAGAUUACUUAUGAAAGUUUCUGUUUCUAAUGAAUGUUUUCUUUUUUUCUUUUUCUGUUCUGUUUCUAUGAAAGUUUGAAAAGAUUUUGGUUUCUCUGGAUAUGAUAAUCUGUGUCUGAAAUUUGGUUUUGUAAUGGUGACAAUUAGAAAAUAUCACAUACCUUUAACUGUCCUUUGAUUUAUAUUAAAAAUAUUACCAAAAUUAAAUGUUUGUAAUUCCUGUAAGUCUUGCUGUAUGUUUAUAAAAUAAUUUGAAUUUAUAUAUAUAAGUAUGUAGAAUAAUUCUUAGAAAAAUGUAAACAUAUGUAUGA